UAGGGACGGACGCAAAGCGCGAAAAGCAUCUUGGGCGCCAUGGCCAGCCCGGAAGUCGCGUUGUCACGGAGGAGUUCCUAGGGAAAUUGCCAUGAUUUGGGCACAUGUGCAGAAGGGUACCAUCAACACCCACUACACGCCGGAGAUGAUAAAAUGGGAAGAGACACCGGCAUCGCAUAGCGCCACCCCACGCCAGGGGUCAAUCCCCGCCCUGACAGCCCCGCGACCACCCACAGCGGAGUGUCCGCCGCAACGCACGCCGCGGCUGAAGCAACAUGUCAUCUCUCCGGCGCGUUUGGGCCACAGUAUCCACAUCAACAAGACCGGCUUCCUGGAGGUGCGACACAUCACUCUGAAA